UUCUUUGGGUUGCCGACGACGCAGACACACCUCAGCAAAACAGCCAUGUCUGAAUUCUCGGAUGAUCAAAUUGCUGGUGAGUCUUUUUAGUUUGUGAUGUGACUUCCCUUGUUUUGCAUGCUUUCAUUCUUGCUUGAAUCCGAUGACACUUUGCCCUGUAGCUCCACCAUCAGCCCUGCUCUCUGCCCGCCUGUUACUGUAAUCGUGGUUGAAGGCUUAUUUUUCCAACUUUUUCCCCCCCCUCCACAUCUUUUCACCACUUUCCACUUGCAACUGCUUGUCCUUUCCAGAUUGAGUUUAACGCGGAUCAGAUUCAUGGUAAGUCAGUAAAAGGGGGGACCGCCCAAGAUUAAAAUCUGAUGGCUAUCUCGGAGUGUUUAGGGUGUGAUCUGCAUGAUGGUUUUUGAUUAACUAAGUCAGAAUCUCUUUGUGUGGUUUGUCAAAUCCAGCCAUAUUUUGCACCAAACGUUGUAGUACUUACCAGCUUUGAUCGUGUGUGCAGUGUUUUUGUACGUGGUCAGUCAUGCACUAGAAGCUCUUAUAAGGCCAAACAUAGCCAAAGCUUGUAUCUGUGCUCAUAAGUCUUGUAGUCAUUCUUGGCUGUGUCAGUUUAUCACUUACACUUUGCCUGUUAUCUUCCAAGCUGCUCAUCUCCAUGAGUGUGGCCUUUUUUGGUGCUGGUUCCAGUGGUGGAUGGUUUGUGUCCUAGGGCUGCUUUGUUUAAUCAUCGUUGACAUAAUAGGCCAUAGCUUCUCUCUCUCUCACUCUCCUCCUACUUUCCUCCACUCCUCUAAUACCAAAUAUGGUGCUGGGAAAAGUGCUCACACGCCAGAAGGGAAGAGACACAUUCCUCAGAACAGGAAAAACUCAACAACAGUGGCAGGGCUCUUUUUGGGUAAUAGCUUGUCCCAUAACAUAAGGUCGAGGCUUCUGCCUGGAUAUUGCGUAAUCCAACUGUCUGUCUCCCUGAUCUCAGGAACCUGGCUGACCUUCGUACGAGGUUGUCAAGCCUAAUUAGAACCCAAUGUUUGAUUAAUUCAUCAACUUUGUGAUAAACAAGGUAGCAUUGUCACUGACAACUGAUCAAGCUGAGGCUGCUCUACUUAAAAAACACUUACAAUAUUCAAUUCAUGGCAUUUAUCUUGUAGAGCAGGGGUUCCCAAAGUGUGGGUCGAAAUCCCUGGGGGGGUCUUGAGACACAAAUGGGGGGUCUUGAGAAUGUGAUAGUCUUCCAGAAGGAUUUUUUAAAAAGUGAUCUAAAAAUAUUUCUUAUUAUUAUUAUACAUUUUUUGUUUAUUUACCCAGUUUUCUUAUGUUUAUCUUCAUUUUUGUUCAUACUGUUAAUUAUUAUCAUUUUUGUAUUUUUUUGUAUUUAUUUAUUUUUUCUUCUUUUUGUUGGUUUUGUAUUACUUAUAUUAUUUAUUUAUUUUACCUUUAUUUUAGCAGGUAAAAAAUGUUUGAGAACCAGUUCUCAUUUACAAAUAUGACCAUGAUUUGUUAACUUUUAGUGAACAAAGAAAUACUGAACAAAUGCAAUAAAAAAAGCUGAAUUACAAAAGUUAUCUUAAAAUAGUACAUUUUACCCAUUCAUAGUUAAAAAAUAUCGACACAAAUAGUAGCUAACCUUGAAAUAAAACCUUGAAAAUAGAAAAUGUAAUGAGUUUUCUGUCUAUCCUUUUUGCCAGAUGACUCCUGAGUUUAGGGUUAGUGAACAGUUAAUUAUAGAAAGCAUCAGUAGCAGUAGGUUAAUAAUAACAGGAAACACAGCCACAUGCCCAUAUAGGUAGGGUCACUUUCUGCAAACCAGCUAAAUGAAGACACAUUAAAUCACUUUGAGGGACAGUGGGGGUCCUGAGUCUUUGGCACCUUUAGCUGAUAUUAUACUUAUUAACUUUUAACUCAUCAGUGGUUUUAAGUUUGGAAACAGAGUUGAUAGAUAAGAGUGUCAGAUAAAGCUUUUGAAAGUGUUGGAAAGAAUAUGAUAGAAGCCACCUUAAAGACUGUUCUGCUGGGUGGGCUCUGGUUGAAUCCGUUGAAGUCAUACUCAAGUGCAGGCCGCUGACACAUUCUCUUUGGUAUGCAGAAACAAAUGACUAACAAGUAACUAUAAAAAAACAUAUAUUAACAUUAACUGAAGCAGAGCAUUCACAACACAUUAUAAUCACAAUUCAUGUUUAGUUUGAACUGAAUGCGUUCUGUUUGGUAUUUUUGCAUGUGAUUGGCUUAAUUUUUUACAUGUUGUUACUUGUGUACCUUAGUUAAGGCCUCUCCCAACAAUUACAAUAGCUGAAAUAUAAUUUAUUAUUUUUAAUGAGUCAACAAUUUAUAGAAUAGAGCAUUCUGAUUCAGAUAUGGCUGCUUUUAAAGUCUUUUUUGUCUAGUUUACAUUUCUAAGAAAUAUUAAGUCUGAGAGCAACUUUUAAAAAUGCUUUUCUUCCAAGUGCGAGUUGAAGUUCAAAAAAAUAAAAAUAAACUUAUCCUGGUCACUGAAUUGAUUUAUCUAUGAUAACUAUUUUAGUUUUUUUCUCUCUAAAAAAAUGUAUUUACCUCUGUUAAGACAUGCAACAUGAAGGGUUAGUUUAGUCUUAUCUUUUGAGGGUCAAACCCAGUUCAUACCAACAUAUGAGACGUGUUUCCCUGCAUUUAAGACCAUACAGAGACCUAUUAAUCAGUCAGGCAGAUGAACUUGGGCCAAUUAUCAUUUUGACAUGAUCAGCAUCACCCAAUGCCUGUGCUCACAAGACAGGUUAAAGAUAUACCAAAGCUUUGUUGAGACACUGCUGUCAGCCUCGUCAGUGUGGCUUCUGUUGAACAAUGUUAACGUACCCCCGAAAUGAUAACACGUUUUUUACCAUCCCAAAUGACAGCAGAUCACAUCUAAAAUCCUGACUGGUGUUUAAUAUAAGUUCUGUUGUGAUUAGGGAUGCACUGAAAAUUCGUCCACCGAAAGACUUUUCUCACCAAAACAACACGGCCGAAACAGAAUGUUGUGAUGUUGUGGCCAGUACGCGCUUGUCUGAAUAAGGGCCAACAUGUCUGCAUCUGUUAACUUAGGUGUUCAAGUUAAGAAAAGCGAGAAAAAAAAACUAUUUAAACACUUAAAAAAACGUAUUGUGUUCAAACAAGCCUUGUUUAAACACAUUAUUCCAGACACAAAAAUAUGCAUUGCAACCAUUCUUGAAAUACUUAAAAAAAACAAAAAACUUUUUUGAGGCUUAUUUGUCAAAGACCCUUUUCUAUUUCAAUAGUUAAUUAAAAAUCCAUGUAAACCAUAUAAACCCCUGUGUUUUAGAUUGUUAUUAUUUUGAAAUUGUUGUAUUUAAACAAAAAUGCAAGACAACAACAACAAUGUGAUAUCACCAUUAUAUAUCAGCCAGCAGUCGACCUGCUCUCUUUAUACACGCAUUGUGUAAAAGCAGAUAGUUGGGGUAUUGGAGAAGUGAUCUCAGCACAUUUUUGUUGCUGUGUAGUGAAGAAGUGAUUGACUGACCAGAUAAACAUAUAUUAUUUAUGAAGUUGAGGAAGUUACAGGGUUGUUUGAUCAGUCUGUCUAUUAACCCAUUGCCUGCUUGUUCUUAUUUACCUCUCACUUUGUCUGGCUUUUCUGUUCCAUGUAUUUCUGUGUGCAUCCUGUCUAAUUGAACACAUCUUUACAUAUCUGCCUGAUCAUCCAUAUGAUUCCUCAGAAUCCCUCUGUAACUGGUCGUGUGUGUAUGUAUCCUGUAGAGUUUAAGGAGGCCUUCCAGCUGUUUGACAAGACAGGGGAUGGGAAGAUCACGUACAGUCAAUGUGGGGACGUCAUGCGGGCCCUGGGACAAAACCCUGUCAACGCUGAGGUGCUGAAGGUCCUGAUGAACCCCAAGGCUGAGGAGAUGAACAUCAAGACACUCGACUUUGAGCAGUUCCUGCCCAUGUUCCAGACCAUCGCUAAGAAUAAGGAUCAAGGUUCCAUGGAGGAUUUUGUGGAGGGACUGCGUGUCUUUGAUAAAGAGGGCAAUGGCACAGUUAUGGGUGCAGAGCUUCGUCACGUCCUCACCACGUUAGGAGAGAAAAUGUCAGAAGAGGAAGUGGAGACACUCUUGGCAGGACAUGAAGAUGCAAAUGGCUGCAUCAAUUAUGAAGCAUUUGUCCGCCAAAUCCUGUCAGCCUGAGGGCCGAACUGGUCAGAAUGGUCAUGAACGGUUGAAGACAAAGAGCAUCAUACCUUUUUUUUUUUCUUUUUUUUUUUUUUACCCUGUCACAUGUAAUCUCUUUUUGCAGAUAGCUUCUAUGGCCCCUCUACCUUUUCCAUGGAGUAGUUUUCCACAUUUAAUUUAAAAAGUGCCUUUACAUUCCCUAGAAAAGUCCAGAAAUAACCUGACUAUUGCUGCCAGGGUUUUCCACUUAUGUGAUCAACUUGUAUGCAUUUAGGAGUCUUUGUGCUCGCAUUGUUUGCAAUAACAUUCCAGGAUGCUGUACCUAAGACCGCAUUAGUUGAUAAUGAUUUACUGUAACUGUUGAAUUGGACAUUCAUAUAUAAUAACUUGCGUAAUAACUGUCAGCAACCUACUCUUUCAUCUGCUAAGACCUGCUCUGACAGAGGGACAUAUUCCUUUCAUUCUGCAGUAACUGGUGUUUUCAAAGCAAUACUAUCAUGAGGAAAAGAAGAAGACAUUUCAAACGGGUUCUUAGGUUUUUAAUCCUCCCCCACUUUUGUUGCUGCAUUUAAAUAAAUGUUUUUCCUGAAACCCUA